AUGUUCCGCCCACACGUGACCCACGCACACAUUUGCGCCAAUUCUCGCUUCCUUGCGCUGGAAGAGGGCACACCCCACCCGGCGAUCAAGCACAACCAGAAGCUUGUCAACAACCGUGAGCAACCAACCCACCCCGUUCAAUCGAGGAGACGACCAUGGCAGCGACGACGUCGGACUGACAUGUUUUCCAAUAGACUUCCGCAAGGACUGGCAGCGACGGGUUCGCACCCACUUCGACCAGGUAUGCGAUCUCGAGAUCGACCCAAGAAUGAGAUGGCGCCCGGAAAGAAGGCCUCGCGUCGUGUUGCUCGCCAGGCCAAGGCUGCUGCUCUGGCCCCUCGCCCCGUCGACAAGCUGCGUCCCAUCGUUCGAUGCCCUACAAUCAAGUACAACCGCAAGGUCCGCGCCGGCCGGGGUUUCACCCUGACUGAGCUCAAGGAAGCUGGUAUCGCCCGACCUUUGGCGCGCACCAUCGGUAUCGCCGUCGACCACCGUCGCCAGAACCUCUCCGAGGAGAGCAUGGCCAUCAACGUGGCCCGUCUCAAGGCCUACAGGGAGCGCCUGAUCUUGCUGCCACGCAAGUCCAACGCCCCGAAGAAGGGCGACACCAAGACGGACCUCUCCAAGGUCGAAAAGGCCGCUACCAUCUCAUCCGUCCUGCCCAUCGCCCCCGCCAACAUUGCCGUCAAGGAGAUCAAGAAGAGCGAGAUGCCCAAGCCCAUCGACGGUGGCGCCUACACUGCUCUGCGCAUGGCCCGAAGCAACAAGCGAUACCAGGGUGCUCGUGAGAAGCGUGCAAGGGAUAAGGCCGAGGCUGAGACUGCUAAGAAAUAA